AUGGUGAUCCCGAGCACAACAACAUCGGCUCUUGCAGCAAUUGAACACACGAUCGAGAUUGUGGAUAAACUGGCAAAUCUGGAAGAGGCGACUCUGAUGAGCCAGGGAAACAACCAUGAAUCUGAUCCUGAAGCUUCGUACGAUCCGAACGGCACCUCCGCUGGUGCCCAUCAAAUUACACCUCCUGAUGUAGACGACGCAGCACAUAGAAUAACGCCAGAGUCCCCCUCGGAUUACGACGUCGUUAGUUCUCGCCAGGGCGUUUCAUCUUCCGUGGACGGAGAUGGCGAUUCCCAUAUGGAAGAUGUUUCAGACGGCCCAGAGAUCGUGUCCGGAUCGUCAAGCUCGUCGGACCUUAGAUCGAAAAGAGGUGUGAAGCGAAAGUCUCCCUUUGACGAGGGUGACUAUAUUCGGAAUAAUCCAAGUUUAUAUGGGUUGCGCCGAAGCAGUCGCACGCGUCCGGCCCGUCAGGCUCUCCAGACAGCGACUGACUCCGAGUCCGAUGAGAUUGCAAGACCCAUAAAGAGGAGGCGCCCCCAACUUCCGUCAAGCCGAUCAUCUCCCUCACACUCCACACACUCUGACUCCGACUCGUCAAGCGAUAUUUAUAGCGACUCGUAUAGUAGUCGGAAACUUAGACGCCACCGAUUGGCGCAGUCGAAGGCCGACUUGGUUCCAGCUCAUGCGGAACUACGGUUUUCUACGCGUCGUUCCAACAAAAUCUUAAACUACAAUGAAGAUGCCGACGAUGAUUUGUUUGGAGACGAAUCGGAUAUGAUGACACCCUUGGAUUGGGCGAACGUUGUCGAUGACAACAGACCCGCCAUAGAUGUUGUUCUUAAUCAUCGAUUGAAAGAAGGGAUGGAUUCUACCAAACCUGGCCUUGAUCGCUCAGACUUCGAGUUUUAUAUCAAGUGGCAGGGAAGGUCACAUUACCAUGCAACCUGGGAGACGGACGAGUCGCUUGUUGGGUGCCGUAGUACGCGACGCCUUGAUAACUAUGUCCGAAAGGUGCUCGUGCAAGAGGUCUCCUUUAUUAAUAAUCUAGACCUGGCCCCAGAAGAAAAAGAGAAAUGGAAUUUAGACCGUGAGCGGGACAUCGAAGCUAUAGAGGAUUUCAAACUCGUCGAACGUGUCAUCGGCUCCCGGAAAGUUGACAACACUACUGAAUAUUAUGUUAAAUGGAAACGGCUUUUCUAUGAAAAUUGCACCUGGGAGCCCGCGGAGCUUGUCAGUAAUAUUGCUCAGCAAGAAAUUGACCGUUACCUUGACCGAUGCUCCCGGCCCCCUGUCUCUAAUAGGCUGGAGUCGAACCAGGCGACUCGAUCGGCGUUCGAGCCCAUUCAUGGAACCCCAGAUUUCAUCUGCAACGGUAAACUAAAGGACUUCCAGGUGAAAGGUGUCAACUUUAUGGCAUAUAACUGGGUUCGUGGCCGAAAUGUCGUUCUUGCGGAUGAAAUGGGUUUGGGCAAGACGGUUCAGACUGUCGCGUUUAUCAACUGGUUACGGCAUAUGAGAAACCAACAAGGACCAUUCAUCGUGGUAGUACCGUUGUCCACAAUGCCAUCAUGGGCUGAAACGUUCGAUUAUUGGACACCAGAUUUGAAUUAUGUGGUGUACAGUGGGAAUGAAGCGUCUCGGAAUAUAAUCAAGGAAUACGAGCUGCUUGUCGACGGCAAUAUCAAGCGACCAAAGUUCCAUGUCCUUUUGACUACUUAUGAAUACGUACUGGUCGACGCAUCGUUCCUUAGCCAAAUCAGAUGGCAGUUCCUUGCUGUUGAUGAAGCGCACCGCUUGAAAAAUCGAGAUUCUCAAUUGUAUGCAAAAUUACUUGAAUUCAAGUCACCAAGUCGGCUGUUAAUCACAGGAACCCCGGUCCAAAAUAAUCUCGGAGAGCUUUCUGCUUUGAUGGACUUCCUAAAUCCGGGAUUGAUUGAAAUCGAUGAGGAUAUGGAUCUCAGCUCAGAGAUGGCAAGUUUCAAAUUGGCCGAAUUGACCAAAGCCAUCCAGCCAUUUAUGCUCCGCCGCACAAAGUCUAAGGUCGAAACUGACUUGCCGCCAAAGUCAGAAAAGAUCAUCCGUGUUGAACUUUCAGAUGUGCAAUUGGAGUACUAUAAAAAUAUUCUCACUAAGAAUUAUGCCGCUCUCAACCAGGGCUCUAAAGGUCAAAAACAAUCCCUACUUAAUAUCAUGAUGGAGCUGAAAAAAGCAAGUAACCACCCUUUCAUGUUUGCCAAUGCAGAAGAGCGAAUCUUGCAGGGUAGCACUCGUCGAGAGGAUGCAUUAAGAGCUUUGAUUACUAGUAGCGGCAAGAUGAUGCUACUAGAUCAACUACUAGCGAAAUUGAAGAAUGACGGCCACCGGGUUCUCAUCUUCAGUCAGAUGGUUCGCAUGCUCGAUAUCCUUGCUGACUACAUGGAAGCCCGGAAUUUCGCCUAUCAACGAUUGGACGGCACUAUUGCAGCUGGGCCGCGUCGUUUAUCAAUUGAACAUUUCAAUUCCCCCGACAGCACUGAUUUUGCUUUCCUGCUUUCGACCCGUGCCGGAGGGCUCGGGAUAAAUUUAAUGACAGCAGAUACCGUCAUACUAUUCGACUCGGACUGGAAUCCGCAGGCUGACUUGCAAGCGAUGGCACGCGCGCAUCGAAUUGGGCAGACGAAACCCGUUAGUGUCUACCGACUUGUAUCAAAAGAUACAGUCGAAGAAGAAGUUAUAGAGAGAGCUAGGAAUAAGCUACUUCUUGAAUUCAUUACUAUCCAAAGAGGGGUGACAGACAAAGAGGCCACAGAAUUAAAAGAUAAGAUGGUCCGCGCGGGUCACCAUGUGAAUGAGCCUACCUCAUCCGAAGAUAUAUCCCGUAUAUUGAAACGGCGCGGCCAGCGGAUGUUUGAGCAAUCCGGCAAUCAAAAGAAAUUAGAGGAACUUGAUAUCGACACUGUUCUUGCAAACGCCGAGGAACACAAAACCGAACAAGCUGAAGGCAUGGAAGCCGACGGCGGUGAGGAAUUUCUCAAAGCCUUUGAGUUUGUUGAUGUUAAAGUGGACGACCUGACCUGGGAUGAAAUAAUCCCGAAAGAAGAAUUGGAAAAGAUUAAGGGUGAAGAACAAAAAGAGUUGGAAGCCAGGCAUCUCGCAGAAAACUUUGAACGUGGCCAGCCUAGGAAGCGGAAAGAAAUGACGGAUGAAAGACAGGAAAGGCAGGCAAAACGAAGGGCUCGCCAGCAAGUGAACGUAGAUGUCAGCGAUGGUUCUGACGCGUCACCACCACCGGACCCGAAACGACCCCUUACUGAGAAGGAAAUCCGUCACCUUGCCCGUGCAUAUCUGAGAUAUGGCGAUUUGGACGACCGCGAGGCAGACAUUUUCCGGGAAGCGAAACUCCAGGAUCGAGAUCCUUCUGUUGUGAAAAGGGUACUUAAAGAAAUAAUUGAAUCUGCCAACCAUCACCUGCAGCGGGCAAACGACGAAAUCCGGGCUCUUGAACGCGAGGGCAAAACAUUCACCAAAAAGGAACGGAAGGCAGUGCUUUUUAACUAUGGCGGGGUGAAGCGUUUGAAUGCAGAAACAAUUGUUGAGCGUCCCAACGAGAUGCAGCUCCUGAGACAGGUCACGUCAGGUUUAGCUGAUCCGAAGAGUUUCCGGGUCCCAGAGGCGACGAAAGCUGCAGACUACUCUUGUACCUGGGGGGCACGGGAAGAUGGGAUGCUUUGCGUAGGAAUCGCUCGCCACGGAUAUGGGGCCUGGGCUCAGAUCCGUGAUGAUCCUGAUUUAGCUCUUGCCGACAAGUUUUUCCUGGAAGAACACCGAGCGGAUCGCAAAAGUGAACUGACCCGGAACGGUGAAGGCAUGAAAUCCCCUGGUGCUGUUCAUUUAGUGCGCCGUGCCGACUACCUUUUGUCCGUCAUUAAAGACAAAAUGAGCAAUGGCACUAGCCCCGCUGCAAAAAAGGCCGUGGAAAAUCACCACCGUAACAACAAAAAGCAAGGGUACUUUCGUCAAUUAAAUAGUGGUAGUAUCUCUGCUUCGCCUGCUCCGUCAACAUCUCGCCGUAUCCGAUAUCGACAAAGUCCGCGGUAG